UAGAAACUGUAAGUCAUUGUCUGAUAUCAAGUCAGUGAUAGGUGUACGAUAUUGUUGUUAUACUCGAAAAUUUUGAUAGAGUUUAGUCUACUGCUUAUUUCAAUAAACAUGUCGUCUGGCGCAUGAAGCGUUUAAUGUUUAUUUUUUGUUUCAAGUUUUAAGGUGCAAACAAGUGGAUAUGCAGUGGCAGUAGAUACUAAGAAGUCUUUAAAAUGUGUCUUUACUCGUUAAAUAAUAAAAUUGUGAACCCUAUUUGAUACUCUUGGUAAUGAUUAGCUAAAUGGGUUUCACAUAAAGUGCAGUUUGUUUACAAUGACAUUAGCUUGUGCUCAUAAACGAAGAAGCUAUAGUUAUAUUCCAGUCAUCGGCUGGUCAAUCUUAACAUUCUUAUCGUGAAAACGGAGCAUCUCAGCAAUAAACCUGUCAAUCUAUUACAUCCCACGACGAGCCAACCAUUAUUCGUUUUCCAGAAAAGUGUGUAUAUGAGUGUGUGAGUCUGGUAAUGGUUUGUCGAGUCGGAAUGCAAUCCAUAAAGUUUUUUGAUAGUGAAUUUACGUGAUAUAUUAAUAUUGAGAGUGAGUCAGAAACGAGUGAUGAGUGAGAAAAAUAUAUAACAUUGAAAACAGUGCUGUGGUUACAAUCGUAUAAAAAACUAGCAUAAAUCUAAUAAAAGAACAAAUUUAUUUCCCUUAAAACCAAUAUUCAAAACCACUUUAAAGUAACGUUUUUGUGUUAGACACGACUAAAAACGCACUACAACGAAAAGGUACAACAACUAAUCGCAGCAAUGGGAAAGAAAAACUCCAAACUAAAACAAGACGCCAUCGAUCGUCUGACGACAGCAACGUACUUUACAGAAAAAGAAAUUCGACAAUGGCAUAAAGGAUUUUUAAAGGACUGCCCCAAUGGUUUAUUAACAGAACAGGGAUUCAUUAAGAUAUAUAAACAAUUUUUCCCUCAAGGCGAUCCAAGCAAAUUUGCAUCCCUCGUCUUCAGAGUAUUCGAUGAAAAUAACGAUGGAUCGAUAGAAUUCGAAGAGUUUAUAAGAGCUCUUUCAAUAACUUCAAGAGGAAAUCUGGAUGAAAAGUUACAUUGGGCGUUUCGAUUGUAUGAUGUAGACAAUGACGGUUUCAUAACACGGGAUGAAAUGUAUAAUAUUGUUGAUGCAAUAUAUCAAAUGGUGGGUCAGCAGCCACAAAGCGAGGACGACAAUACACCACAAAAGCGAGUGGAUAAAAUAUUUGACCAGAUGGAUAAAAACCACGAUGAUCGAUUGACUCUGGAAGAGUUUCGUGAAGGCAGCAAGGCAGAUCCAAGGAUUGUACAGGCGCUAAGUUUAGGCGGUGAUUAACCAAAACACACAACGCGGGAGGAGGAGGAAAUCCCGCCUCGUUCAUAUUGCUACAAUGCGCAUAUGAACAUCAAGAUUACUCACUGCAACGCAGUGUUUGUAAGGAUUUUAACCUGAAAAAUGUUUUAUAACCCAUUCAUCUUUCUGCACAACAAACCACUUGGAGUUUAAGCUUCAUUGAAUUUAACAUCUAUUAAUGCAUAACUUUCAUUAGGUUUAAUGUUUGAACAAUAACCCUAGGCAAUGUUUGACACAAAACUGAUUACUUUGUUUGUAUUUUUUCAUUUUAUUUAUUAUAAUUAGCAUAAAUAUUUAUAAGAAUUUAUUAGUUUCGGUUCAUCAUACAUCUGUUCAAAAAUACAACCACACAAUAUAUGCGUGUGCAAUAGCUAAAUUUAUUGAAAAUUGUAAAACUAACGCAGGCCAUACUCUUUUUGAUAUUGCAAGCAAUGUGUAAUGAAUAUUGAAACUACAACACUUAACCAAAGAUUCGUGCGCAGCACGUUAUAUGAUGAACAAUGUGAAAACAAUCGAUAAAAAAUUACUAGCAAUCAAUUUACUAUAAAAAUGUUGCCAGCUUAUAGUGCAGAUGUGCUAAACCAAUUCUGAUUGUUCGUGAAACUCGUGUUGUCCAGCUCACUUCUAGUGAAGUUAUGUAGCACAAUCAUAUUACAAAUCUUUAGACAGACAACAUUUAGAUACUAAUACAUUAACAUGCUUGAAGAAGAAAAUGUAUUACUAUGAAUCACAGCAAUUAAAUUAUUGAUAAUCUUACAUAAAAGGCAAUCAACGUAUGCCAAAUGUUAAUCAAAUAGAAGCAUUCAUAGCUUUUACAGGAUUUAAAUAUUGACAACGAACCCAUUAUAUUAUUUAUCAGACAUUUUGCCAAAUAUUGCCAGUUAAUCUAUCAGUUAACAAUUAGUACAGCGCCUACCAUUAUAAUAUCGACAGUCGUUUUUUGCGAUUCACAUGAAAUAUGGAAGAUAUAAAUGAAAACUGCGAAAGAAAUGGACAAAAUGUAAUUUGACAUCCUUGCAUAUCAUUUUUUUUUUAAACAAAUAGCAAACGACUUUUUCCGGAAAAACAAAUUUACUGUGAUGAUUUUUAUUAACAGCAUUAUUCACAUACCGAGUAUAGUUCUUCUUUUGGCUCAACAACCGUUUUUGGUCAAAGCCUGUCUGUACCACUUGUGGGGUUGGCUUUCAAUGACUUUUGGAUUACCCCCCAUAACAGGAUAGUCUGUCCUACGUAUGGCAGCACGGUCUAUUUGGGGCUCGAACCCAUAACAAGUUAUUCGGAGGAUAGUUAUCUGUUUUAUUUGUGUAGAUACUGGCUUCAAACCUCAUGCAAAUUCACAAAAACCUCAUGAACAUUUCGGUUUUUUAUGGAUAAUGUGCCAACUAAAAAGCACUUAAUAAAUAGUUGGCAGUCAAUCGAAAUUCAAUCAGUGAGUUUAGACUGUACAUAAAUUUAUGCGUGAUUUUUCGCAAAAAUUUUAAUAUAUCGGCUCAAUUCUGUUUGCCGGAAGCAUAGCUAACGAAUGUCAUCUACGACGACUGAGGAAAGUUUUCCGAUGAGUGGUCCAAGGAACUGUCUAGGAAGCCACUUAGUCCGAAGAUAGGUGUCCUACUUUAGGAAGCCACUACUGCAGGUUCGGAUUCAUGAUGGCAUUUUCAUGGCAGCAACAACAUUCUUUUAGGGGAUACGGGUCAUGUCGGACACACAGUUACACAGUCCAGCUUGGAAUGUUUUGAAAAUCAUGUUAAUGAACUUAAAAAUGUUUGUGAUGCAAAUAUAUUCUAGUACAGUACGGCUUUAAGAACUGUUCCAGGAUCGAUCAAUUCCAGAGUCUAAUUCAAUUCCAGGACCGGUAUGGGAUCGAGAUCUAUUCCACGACUGUGGUAUGGUGUCAUAUUAAAAUUCAUGCAUAUUUUGCAAAUGUGCAUAUUAUUAUUCCAAUAUGUUUUUCAACAGCUGCCAAAUGUUGAAUCUGCAUAAUGAUGAAAUUUCAGUUCUUAUAUACACUCUCCAAUAAUAUUUUAUUUGUAUUUUUGUACAAUUUUUAUUUGCAGUAAUUAUUACAAAAAGCCAGUGGACUUUUUAGUUAUGCUACGGUCCUAAAUUGAUUUUCUCGUAAUAAUAAGUCAUUUUUUUCAUAAAAAUUUGAAAAAUAUUACAUAAACAUGUGAAAUAGCAUUGUUAACAAAUUAUAAAUCUAUUGUCCUUGCAGUUACCGUAUGUGAUCUAUUGAUUGAUUAUUUUGCAACAACAUAAUUUGAGUGAAGAAAAUAAAGAAUGAAAGAAAUUAUAGAAAAACUUAUCUUCAUUUUUCCACUCUAUCUUACAAAAUAUUCAAACAUAUUUGAUACGCUCUUGAAAUUAAAAAAAAAUAUAUAGUAAAAAAUUGUAUGACUCUAUCCCUCUAUUUUUGGACAAAUUACAAGCCCAUUAUUUAUAAUAAUAAAAAAAACAAUAUUUUCGAAGUGAUGGUAUUGUUUUGUAACGUCACUAAAUUGUUUUUUUUUCGGAAAAAGUCGUGUUCAAAAUUUGAAAAAAUAUGCAAAGGCGUUAAACCAUGUAUUGCCUAAAUCAUAAUUUCAUAGUUUUUUUACUGUUGCAAAUUGCAUACAAAUAUAGUAGGCGUUGUAUUACAAAAUCUUCAGUUCAUAAAAACCGCAUUAGGCGGAAAAUGUCAAUAACAAUCGGUUGGUUAGUUCUGACUGUUUUCAUACAAGAUAUCCGGGUCGUUGAACUAGGCAGCAGAUGAAAUUUAAAAUGAAGAAUAUAUAUUAAUAGGUAUGGUAAAUUCAAACACAAGGCGACCGAUUAAAUUUCAUACAGUAUUUACAAAAUAAUGGCAACUAUUUACAACAAUAUGACACCGUCUGAAGUACGUUAAUAUUUCACGUACAAGUGAUAAGACAGAAGUUUUUACGUUUACGAACAACAAUCAACUACUUUAAAUUUUAAGAUAUAAUGUUCAAACAAACAAGAAUAAUUUUAUUUUUUCAAGUUUUCUCAUGAUGUUCUAGUAUUCUCAUGGUAUUAUAUUCUGGUAUUCUAUAUGAUGUAAACAUCUAAUUUAUCACAAUUUAAUUGCUUAAUAAGUACUUAACCCACGAAAAUGAUACUUUUUUAAUUAUUAUACAACAUUAUUUUCCCGACUAACAUACUUAUUCCGUUCAACAAAUCCAGUGUUUCAGAAGUUUUUACGAAAAGCUGAUGCUGACAUUAAAUAUAUUUAAAUAACAUGUUAUAACUAUUAAAAUUAAA